GCUGCCUCCACGUUGGAGCGAAAUAGCAGCAGCGCUACUACAUCUACACCGGGUCUACGCCGUUGGCGUUCUUCGUGUCUUUGGCAUUUCUGAGCGCUGAAUCUGAACCAAAGAGUUUUCAAGGUAUCAGACAGGAUUCAUCACACCAACUUGAGUUGGUUCUGCCCGAAAAUUCACCGAAUUUAAUUUAAUUUGCUGCAAAACUGAGUGACACUAGCCACGGAGGUAGAGCACACUUUUCAUGUUCAGGUUUUGCAAUGGCCGUAGUGUAGCAGACUGUCUGCGUUGUUUGUUCGUCUACCAUCUGAACUUUUUUGCUGCACUUUUCAACAGUCUAUUGCUGUCAUGAACUUUAGCCAUGUUAAGUGUUGUAUCACGAAGUGAUCAGUGGUGAUUGGCCUAGGCCUAUUUUAAUCAUUCUUAUUGGCUAGGUCUACAUAAACUAACUUGGCCAAGCUAAGGCUUAGGUCAAACAGGUCUUGGUUUUCAAUGUGUUCAAUUCAAAUUGUGACAUCAGUAAACUGGAUUUCAUUUUGACUUAGACCUGCAAAAGGGCUUACAUGUACUUGUCACCUUGUGUCAAUAUCACCGAUUAUAACUUCUCAUUGGCCCAAAUUUUGCGAUAAGUCGAAGGGCCACUGCAGUGUAUGUAUGAAAUUCCAUCAGCAUUUGAGUCAAGCAGCACAAUGUACUUACUUUCAUAUUUAGCAAGUUUUGGUUUUCUUCUUGCCAUCUGUGGAGCACUGCAUUUCUUCGUGAGCCGCCGGCGGCCCAAGGAGACGACAGGACACAACUCCCUUUUUGUGCAAUUCCAGCGCAAGUAUUUUCUGGCCUACUUUCUGGCACUUGCCGCCGACUGGCUGCAGGGACCCUACCUCUACAAACUCUACCGCCACUACCGCUUCUUUGAGCCCCAGAUUGCUGUGCUGUAUGUGUGUGGGUUUGCCUCCAGCGUGAUCCUGGGCACGGCCACCAGCGCUUUGGCCGAUCACUACGGCCGCAAGAAACUCUGCAUCACCUUCUCUAUCAUCUACUCCUUCUCCUGCCUCACCAAGCUAUCCUACAGCUACUAUAUCCUCAUCUUGGGGCGGGUCCUGGGUGGGAUCUCCACCUCCCUGCUGUUCACUGCCUACGAGGCCUGGUACCUCCAUGAGCACGUGGAGACGCAUGACUUCCCCAAGGAGUGGGUGACACUGACCUUCUCACAGGCCACCUUCUGGAAUGGCAUCCUGGCCAUCGGCGCUGGGGUGGUCUCCAACUUCCUGGUGGAUCCUCUGCACCUGGGCCCUGUGUCCCCAUUCCUGCUUGCCAUUCCACUUCUAUUGGGCUCUGGGGCAGUGGUAGCCUCCUCCUGGAAUGAGAACACGGGGGCCAAGAAGGUGAAGAUCUCCAAGGCCUGCACGGAGGGCCUGCGGCACAUCGUUGGCUCGCGGCGGAUGCUGCUGAUCGGAGCCAUGCAGUCCCUCUUCGAGAGCGUCAUGUACAUCUUCAUCUUCAUCUGGACACCAGUCCUGGACCAGCCGCCAGACGCGCCGCUGGGCCUCAUCUUCUCCAGCUUCAUGGCCUGCAUCAUGAUUGGCUCCUACCUCUAUGAGCUGCUUUCCCAUAGUCGGCUGCAGGUGCCCGCCUACGCUGUCGUCAACGGUUCCAUCGUGCUGGCAAUGGUGUCCACCCUCACCUGCGUCCUGUUCUACCGGAACUACGACAGCGUGUCCUACCUGGCCUUCCUUCUUCUGGAGCUGGCCUGCGGGCUCUACUUCCCCUCCAUGGGGUUCCUCCGGGGUAAGGUCCUGCCCGAGACCCACCGGGCUGGCAUCAUGAACUGGUUCCGCGUGCCCCUCAACCUCAUCGCCUGCGUCCUGCUCAUGGUGCUCCACGGCGACUCCUCCCGGGAGGGCACCCGCCACAUCUUCAUCAUCUGUUCCUCGCUGCUGGCAGUGGCGUUCUUCUGCGGCAUCCGCUUUGCCCGGCUCGUCAAAGAUGACGAGAGCUUGAAACCGGGAGCCACUGAGCAGGAAAACGGAAAUGACGGCCGGAAUGGAUAUUUGGUGUCAAACCAAGAGACAGCUUCCGUGUGAUGAUAAAGAUUCAUUUCUGGCCAAGACAGUUUACAUUACAAACUGAGAUUGUACAUAUUAAGUUUCUCAUCAAAGUUUUUCUUUUGCUUGUACAUUUUCUGCAAAAGUGCAUACCAGUUUUAUUUUUACACAGCCAUGUUGUUUCUUGUGAAAGUCUUGCAAUAUGCAUGCAUGUUAGUACAUGUAACAUAGUCACUCUAAACUUUUCUUAGUGCGCUGUAUUUGUAAAAUAAAAAAUUGAAAAAGGAGGCGUAGUUAUAUAUUCAAGCACAUUUUGUGCCAGUAUUUUCUUGCAAAUCAGUUGGCGCGGGUUUGGGGUUGACGUUGCUGCUGAAAACUUCCUUUUUGUGAAGAAAGUCGGUGAUCCAAUUUAUGAACGAUUUAUUCUGUUCGCCACGAGUAACAAGCAACAGGUCUUAGACAAGACCUGUUGCUUGUUACUCGUGGCGAACAGAAUAAAAAAUUGAAAAAGGAAGUGUAGUUAUAUAUUCAAGCACAUUUUGUGCUAGUAUUUUCUUGCAAAUCAGUUGGCGCGGGUUUGGGGUUGACAGUGGCUUAGCUAGGGGGGGGGCACAUUCCCCGUUCCCACAAAUUCCAGGUGACCCCCCACCACA